CCAUACACUACUUAAAACCAGCUGGUCCAGUGGCCAGUAUCAAAAGAAUAGUCCCCUCCCGCCCCGGAGUCGGUCACUGGCGAAGUCAGAGGCUGAAUCCGGGGUGGGCGUGCCUGAACCCUUGUGGAUAGGGGCACGUAAAAAGAGUUUCCCAGUUUCCCAAUGAAUAGCCAGGGUAACACUGAAGCGACUAACGUCGUAUUGAUUACUAGGCCGGCAGUUCAGUUUUAAAAUAACGCAUUACUGUCAGUCGCCGAGUUCACCCAACUGUGACUAUUUCAAAUAGACACAGUAACAGGAUCCACAACCGGAGACGUAAGCACAGACGUAAUUUGCAUUAUUAAAAAAGAUCCACAACCGGAGACGGCGUAAGCACAGACGUAAUUUACAUUGGUAUGACUCAUUGGGUAAAAAAAAACAUGACAAAGGAUAGCUUUGAUGAGUGAUGUCAGGUUGAGGGGAUUCCCCGUUUAGGUGAUUUCCCGCUCCGUAAUUCCCCACCAUCACAGUACGAACAGCUCUCAUAGUCUUUGUGUGUUGUCAGUUGUAAGCAUCAACAUGCCAAUCUUUCCGCAAUCCCACGUCUCUACCAGCCUGAAGAUGAAUACAGUAAAAGUAACCGUUGUCGUGGUAAUACUGUUAAACGUGGUGGCGGCAUUAACGGCUAUCACACUAGCUUGGUCCUCCUCGCAGUUGAACGGCGGCGAUGACGAUACGUUUCUCACGUGCUUACGCUGCCACGACGUCGACGACGCCUGUGCUAUACGGAGACGUGACAAGAACGGCGUGACCGUGUGUUGUGUCCGAAACACUGAAGAACUGAACGAUCUGAUGAGAAAGAUGUAUUUGUCACUACAGAAAAACUUCACUAGUUCUAGAUCAAGUCUGAAGAAGAAGAAACGAGCGAAAAGCACAAACCCAGACGUGUCGUUUCUGAGUGCCAUUAAGCCAAUUGUCCAUAUGCAAGGACUUGGAGACGCAGAAAAAAUAAAUGAUACUUCACUGCGCAUGAUCAGGAACUGGAACAACAAAUCCCCGUCAUGCCCUCUGACCCUCAUUUGCAACUCCAUGAAGUACGAAAAUGGCGCCAUUACAAUUCCGACAAAGGGAAGCUAUCACAUUUACAGCCACGUGACUUUCAGCCAGAAUGCGGACUUGCAGUGGCCGAACGUGUCCCAUUCGUACGAGCACAAAGUGUUGAGGUACAACGCCAGGGACAAGGUGGAGGAGGACCUGGUGAGCAGCAGCCAGUCGCAUUGCGAGACGAUAUACAAGGUUCCGUACAAGGAAUAUCCCACCUACAGCAGCACAGUGGUGUCUCUCAACCCAGGAGACACAGUCUACGUCAAAGCUAAUCAUUUUAACAGUUUGAUGGUAAACAGAGAUAAACAUUAUUUUGGGGUACAUUUAAUUUGGUAAGGUUUUGUAGAUUUCAUCCAACUGGAAAAUAUUUGUAAAUUAAUUGAGGUCACGGCACUAGGUUUAUUGGCAUUUAAGCAAACGUACUUGGGUGACACUCCAUAAUUGAUGUAUGUAUUCAUAGUCGUCAAACAAAAACAUUCCAAUUGACAUUUUUCCUGAAAGCUGUCCAGCGUUCAGAAAACAAAAAACCGUUAAGCCCUAGUUUAUUACGAUGUAAGGACAUCGAAAAUGACGUCAUUCGAGUUUGAUGUAAUUUCCAUUCAAAAAUACAGCGCGCCACAUACUCUUAUGUCAUUUGAAUAUCUAGUAAUGGCGGACCU